AUGUCUGAGUGGAGGUGCCUCAUCUGUGUCAGCUUUUUGCUGACCAUUCUACUUGAACUGACAUACCAGGGACCUCCAGGCUGCCCCUGAUCAAGCACAAAGCUGUUGAUGACAAACUAUUCACAGUGUUCUACUGUGGUUUCCCGCUAUGCCCACACCUUGGUCACCUCUGUCUUGUUUAAUCCACAUUCUGAGGCCCAUGAAACUGUCUUUGACCUGGAUCUGCCUCGCCUUGCCUUUAUCGCAAUUUCACUGACCAUCAACAAUGAAGUCUACAUUGCAGAAGUCAAAGAGAAGCAUCAGGCAAAGAAAAUCUAUAAGGAAGCCCAUCAGCAGGGAAAGAUAGCUGCUCAUGUAGGCAUCAUGGACCCGGAAUCCGAGAAGUUCCACAUGUCCACCAGCCCAGCAGCAGGCACAGAGGUGGAAUUUUCCCUGGCCUAUGAAGAGCUGCUACAAAGGCACCAGGGUCAGUAUCAGCUGAUGGUGAGCCUGAGGCCUAGCCAAUUGAUGAAAAGGCUGAGUGUAGAGGUCACACUGUCAGAAAGGAUGGGCACUGGCUAUGUUCACAAACCACCUUUGAGGACCAGUCGCCUGCACACCAACAUCCAUACCAGUGAGGCUGACUCGCCCCCAUCCACCAGGACUGAGAGGGCAGAGAUCCGUGUCCGAAUCACUUUCUACCCGACACUGCAAGACCAGUCUGCCUUCUCCAGCUCAGGCAUCACGGCCGACUUCACAGUCCAGUAUGACGUAGUCCUGGAGGACGUCACGGGAGAUGUGCAGAUUUACGCUGGCUAUUUUAUUCAUUACUUUGCUCCCAGAGGCCUCCCACCUGUCGAGAGAAACGUGGUGUUCGUUAUUGACGUGGGCGGCUCCAUGUUUGGUAUCAAGAUGAAACAGACUAAAACGGCCAUGAAUGUGAUCCUUGGUGACCUGCAGGCCAAUGACUACUUCAACAUCAUCUCCUUUUCUGACACAGUUAGUGUCUGGAAAGCUGGAGGCUCCAUCCAGGCCACCAUCCAGAAUGUUUAUGAUGCCAAGGACUACCUGGGCCACAUGGAAGCUGGUGGCUGGACCAACAUCAACACAGCUCUGCUGGCAGCUGCUUCAGUGCUGUACCCUAGCAACUAGGAGCCUGGGAGGGGCCCCAGUGUGGGGAGAAUCUCUCUUAUCAUCUUCCUGACAGAUGGAGAGCCCACAGCCGACAUGAUGACCCCCAGUGUGAUCCUCUCCAACAUCCUUCAGGCACUGGGCAACAGGGUGAAUCUUUUCAGCUUAGUUUUUUGGGAUGAUGCUGACUUCCCACUGCUACGUCACCUGUCCCUGGAGAACUGGGGAGCAGCCUGGCACAUAUACAAGGACACUGAUGCAGCCCUACAUCUGGAGGGCCUCUACAAGGAGAUCUUCAUGCCUCUGUUGACAGAUGUGCGUCUGGACUACCUGCGGGACUUAGUUGGGGCCUCCCCUUGGGUCCUUUUCCCCAACUACUUUGGUGGCUCAGAGCUGGUGGUGGCAGAACAGGUGCAACCAGGUGAGCAGAAACUAGGCAUCUACCUGGCAACCCAUGGCCCCAGGGGUCAGCUUCUCAUGUCCCGCCACAGUGAGGUGGCCACCAACAGCAGCCAGAAGGCCUUUGUUUUCCCAGGGGAGCCAGUCCCCAGUGUAGCCCACUUCAUCUGCCACCUCUGGGCAUAGGUCACCAUUGGAAAACUGCUGGAGGCACGCUUCCAAGCCUGUGAUGCCACCACUUACCUGUUGGCUGCCGAAGUCCUCAACCUGUCACUUGAAUACAACUUUGUCACACCUCUGACUUCACUGGUCACGGUGCAGCCCAAGGAGGCUGGUGAGAAGGCCAGGAGACAGACUCCCACCACAGGUGGACCAGGCACCAUCAUGCCCUCAUCCACCAGCAUGCAUGGCCUAGGGGCAGGCACAGCCUGACCAGCUUUGGCAGCUAAGUUCUCUCCCAAAUCAAGUCUUGUGAAACCAAAGUCCUACUUAUCCUCAACUACUCCUGCCUCUACAAAGAAGAUGCCUAAUUCCAAGGAGUUGGAGCCACUGGGUCAGAGCCGUAGUACUCUAUCCACUCUAGCACAGUCAAAGCCCAAAAUUUCAACACAACAGGAUUCUGGAACCUUGGCUCAGCCAACUCUCAGGAUGAAACUGGCUGCCCUUGUGCCUUCAAAUUCUGGUGCUCUAUUGCUUCUGAAGCCUAGUACAUCACCACACCAGAAUCCUGGUACCCUAUUACCCAUGAAUUCUAAGACACAAGUCCCACCUCUGAAUCCUGGCACUCCAUCCCAACCCAAAGCUGGCAUUAUGAAACAUGUUUCUCCACUGCACUGCAAACAUGGUGCUCCAUCACAAUCUAAACUGGAUGCCCCAACACCCCAACCUGGGGUAUUCACAUCACAGUCACCCAAAAGGCUGCCACAGCCCAGGCCUGAAGUCUCCACACUUCAGAUCCCCAAAUACCCACCACACACCAAACCAAGAGUUCCUCCUUCCAAGAGCCCAAAUAACCUGCCGCACUCUAGACCUGGGAUCCUCUUACCCAAGACCUCUAAAAUUCUGUCACCUCUUAAAUCUAGUGCCCCACCUCACCAAACUUCCCUCAGUUUAUCACUUUCCAAACCUAGGACCUCAAUCCCCAACAAACCCAAAACCCCAUUACCCACUAGACCUACCAGAUCCAGGCCCCUACCUCCUCAGAGCCGAAGCACAUUCCCAAGAGUCUCAAGUCCUACAAGUCUCAGCAGUACCAUAACCACCUCUGUUCUUAGAGAACCCCUCCCUACUCCCUUUCACCCCACUCUGCCCUCUCUCCUGCCCCCUGGAAGGCUCUGGCAUCAGCAUAACCUGCUGCCAUAACUCCAAAACACCAGGCAAAUUCUGAGACCAUCUGUGUCAGGAGUCCCAACAAUGGGCCUACCCAACAGCUCCAGCCCUAUGCCAGAAGGCAGCCCCUCAAACCUGCCAGUCUUGACUUCUAGCAUCCUCCCUGAGGCAGUCAGCCUGCUUCUUCUCCCUGAGGAGCUAGAGCUGCUCUCUGAGUCAAUGGUGGAAUCCAAGUUUGUGGAAUCCUUGAACCCACCAGCUUUCUAUAUUUUCCUCACUCCUGACAAAGAUGGGAAUCCACACUGGGAUGGCAAUUCUAAAGACAUCCUGGGAGGAGCUGGAAGUAGGAUGGACUCUCAGGAAAGCUCUACUGGCCUAGCAAAAUGGUUUCCAAACGGCUCCACCUUCUCAUCCUCAGUGGAUGGGGACACCCACUUUGUAAUUCACAAGCCACGCUCAGAAGAGAGGAUCUGCUUCACAGUGGAUGGGCAUCCAGGGGACCUGCUACAGCUCAUAGAUGACCCGAAGGCAGGGCUGCAUGUACAUGGACAGUUGCUUAGGGCACCACCAAGGCCAGGCCACAAGGACCAGACCCGUACCUACUUUCAGAUCAUCACAGUUACUGCAGACAAACCCCAGGCCUACACUAUGAUCAUCACUUGCAGUUCUAUAUCUGUGCAAGGCAAGUGUACCUUGCUCCUGUCCUGGGACCAGCCUGCCCUACUGAGGAGGCCCCAGUUGGAGCUCCACGUGGCUGCUGCAGCCUGCCUCACCAUCCACCUUGGGCCCCACCUCAAGCUCCUAGUCCUCUGGCACCACUACAGGCACCCCAGCACUCUGAACCUACCCCAUCUGGGGUUCUAUGUGGUCAAUGGCUCAGGUCUCAUCCCCUCGGCCUGUGGCCUGCUUGAGUAAUUCCAGCACACAGACAUCCGGUUGGUGGCAGGGCCCACGGGACCAAGACUGCAGAGGCACCAAGGCCCAGAUGUGCCUGUGGUUCUAGGCAAGAGGCUGCUGAAGGAUUCACCAGGGAUGCUGCCCUGCUGGGCUUUCUGCUGGCUGGUGAAGUGCUCUCAUGUACAGCAGCUGCUGGGCCACCCUUACCUUGCCUAUGUCCUGUUAUAG